AUGUCCUUUACGCAAGAACCCAUACCCACCACUGUUUCCGAACGUGCUCGCGCACAAUGGGGUCUAGAUGCACCAUUCAGACACAGAGAGGUGAUGCGCCAGUGGGUAGAAGGUAUUUUCACUCGUGGCGAUCAUACCGGCCUCGUCAGCUAUGGCACUGCGGUGGAGCUGGCAGAAUAUGUGGAUAGCGAAUGGGUUCUGACGCUGAGAAAGGCAUGUAUGGAUAAAUCGACAGACUACUGGUGGCAGGAGAGAUUCGAUGCAGUCGUCGUGGCUACGGGUCACUAUUAUCUGCCAUAUAUUCCCAAGAUUCCAGGAAUGCUCGAGUACGAUGAAAGGUUUCCUGGAAGGAUCCAGCACAGCAAGCACUUUCGCAGCGUCGAAGACUUUCGUGACAAGAAAGUGGUAGUGGUAGGGGGCUCGGUUUCUGCCUUUGACGCUCUCCACGAUAUCCGAAAAGUAUCAAAGCUACCCAUAAUAUCAGCUCUGCGUAAUCCAUCCGGGGCAUUUGGGAUAGCACCAUUUCUGCACCCGCACAUUGACAAUCGAUCACAGAUCGAAUCCUUUGAGCCCGAGUUGGGACGAAUCAACUUUACUGAUGGUUCAUCAGCGGACGACGUGGAUGUGGUCCUGUUUGCCACAGGGUACGACUUUAGCUUUCCAUUUUUGCCAGGCAUCAAAUCUGUGAACAACAGGAUUCCCGGACUCUAUCAGCACGUUUUUAAGAGCGACAACCCUAGCCUGGCAUUUGUUGGAAUGGUCACAGGAGGCUUUGGUAUCAGGAUAUUUGAAUGGCAAGCGGUCGCAGUCGCCCGUUUCUUUGCCGGACGAGCCGAUCUCCCACCGCAAGACUGGAUGGAGGAGUGGGAUGCGUACAGGGUCGCCACACGCGGCGACGGCGGUGCUUUCUGGACUCUCAUGCCCGACUUUGAGGAGUACUUUGAGACCUUGGGCUGCGACGUUUUGGGAAUUCGUCAAAGCACGGAUUGA